UUUCAUCUCCUUUGUUGAUUCUGGAAAAGCUUUUCAAUCACCUGACUCUAUCCAGAACUUUUUCCGUCGAUUACCACUCUCUCGCGAAAAUUUAGCUUCCUUCGUCGUGGAAAAAAUUUGCAGCAGCAAGCCAUGUCCAAAUACGAGUACCCGAGGCUGUCUCGUGCCGACAUAAUGACGAUACUGGCCGAGUCGCAGAUUGCCACCAUCUCUGAAAACGACCUCAAGAACCCUAGCCCGGAUUUUGUCUCGGAUCUCUACACCCGACUUCUCAUCUACCUCGACGCUCUCCACGAGGAAGAUCAAGGGCAAGUUGAUUUUUCUGCUUUGGAGCAGCUUGAGAACCCGGAUCUUCAUGUCGGGUCAAUCCAGAUCAUGAAUUUGUACAGCAAGGUUAAGGAGAUGGUGGCUUCAGUGGAUUGCCCGAUCAAAUUUACUCUUAAGGAUUUGAUAAGGCCAGAUGCAGCUCGGACUGAAUUUUUUUUCAGUGCAAUCCUGAAUUUCUGUCUUCACAAAGAUUCCAAGAUGAAUCUUCUAAGACCAAUUGUGGAGGAACUGACUCUCCAUUAUGACCAGCAAAAAGAGUUAGAGGCUAAGAUUUCUCAGUUGAAUGCUGAGAUUGCCAAUUAUAAUGAAAUGAAAGAAAAGGAUUUGCCACUUGUUCAAGAGUUAGAUGCAAAAGUUAAAGAAUUGCACCAGAACAUUGCAGGCCUCAACAGUCACCAGAUGUCUCUGAGAGCUUCUUUAAGAAAGUUGAAGGAGAAAACUGCAGACAUGGAUAAGGAGAUCUCCAAAGCAGAGUUUGAGCUGGUGCAAAAUGUCCAAGAAAAUGCUAAUUUGCGCUCAAAAAUUGUUCAGUCACCGGAUAAAUUGCAGAGAGCUUUAGAGGAGAAAAAAUCUGUUCGUGAGCAGGCAAAGAAUGCUGAAAGAUCAGCAAUGCAAUCUUUCCAGGAGAAAACUGCCACUCUGGAGGUUUAUAUGAAGACUCACAAGAAAAUGUCAAAGCACUACGCUCAGAUGCAGGCAAUAAAUGAACAGGUUUGUGUAAAGUGAUAAGGAAACAAACUUUUCAAAAGGAAAAGAUCUUUCCUGAAAAUCAGAAAGAGAUUUGUCAAAGUUAAAUCACUAACUCUGCCUAAAAUCAAGGACUUAGUAAUUGAGAACUUAAUGCUCUUACUAUUUCUCACUCUGUCUAAGAGUAUAUAUGUGUAUUAUAUUUGAGUUAAAAUCAGAAAGAAAAAAUGAAACAUACAAAAGCUUAUAGAGUUCUUCACAAAGCCCUUUUCUUUCCUUUGCAAAUUGUCUAU